AAGCCCUAUUCCGAAAUUAGGGUUUGCAGUCACUACCACCGCAUCAUCACACUGUGUGGGUUUAGAUCUCUGACAUAUCCCUAGCUUCUGAUUAGUGACAAUGGCAACCCAAAUGAGCAAGAAAAGAAAGUUCGUAGCCGAUGGAGUUUUUUUUGCGGAGUUGAAUGAGGUUCUGACCCGAGAGCUGGCCGAGGAUGGAUAUUCGGGUGUCGAGGUUAGGGUCACCCCGAUGCGCACUGAGAUCAUCAUCAGAGCGACACGAACCCAAGCUGUUCUAGGUGAGAAGGGAAGGAGAAUCAGGGAACUUACCUCUGUGGUACAGAAGAGGUUCAAGUUUCCCGAGAAUAGUGUGGAACUAUAUGCUGAGAAGGUGAACAAUAGGGGUCUUUGUGCUAUUGCCCAAGCAGAGUCUCUCCGCUACAAGCUCCUCGGUGGCCUUGCUGUGAGGAGGGCCUGCUAUGGUGUUUUGAGAUUUGUUAUGGAGAGUGGUGCCAAGGGAUGCGAGGUCAUUGUUAGUGGAAAAUUGAGAGCCCAGAGAGCCAAAUCCAUGAAGUUCAAGGAUGGGUACAUGAUUUCUUCUGGGCAACCAGUCAAGGAUUACAUUGACUCUGCAGUGAGGCAUGUGCUCCUCCGACAGGGUGUUCUCGGAAUCAAGGUCAAGAUCAUGCUUGAUUGGGAUCCUAAAGGGAAACAGGGUCCCAAAACUCCCCUUCCUGAUAUUGUCACAAUCCACGCUCCCAAGGAGGAGGAAGAAUACAUCCGGCCUGCUGCUGUUGUGGCAAACGAUAUUGAGGUCCCUGUUGCAUGAAAUGCUUUGAAUGUUUGAGUAGUCUAUCAUAGUACCUGGGUGUCUAGUCUUUCCUAGUAUGCAAUUAUUCGUUGGGGAUGACUCGUUCAAAAUUUUGUAGUUUUCUUAUCUGUUUAAGAAAUUAUUAUACUCCAGUUACAAGUUUUCAAGCUUGAAUUCUUCUAUCUUUUUUUCCCCUUCCUCUCAAGCAGUUCGAAUUUUGUGUUUGUAGUUCCACUUUAGGAAUUUGGGUUUUCCUGAUUCAAACAUUAGGUUUGUUAAACAAUUUAUGAAAUGC